UAGGCGCCGGACAUCAGCGGGCGCGCAUGCGCAGUCGUCAAGUGAAUUGGUGAAUCGAUCCGGAGUAUCUGUGAAUUUUAGUGGCCCAUUUCUAUAUACAGAGCAUUUCAUUAAGCCAAGAUGAGAGUCUGUGAAGUGCUGGUUUUCUGCCUGUGGUCUUUACAAGUCAGCAGGUCCCAACUACUUGUGGAUUUGGCUCGUGAUUUUGAGACCUCCUUGCUGAACAAUAGGAUCCCGGACACCAAUCGAUUCCUGCCGGAAUAUGACUUCAUCAUCGUGGGAGCAGGAAGUGCUGGAUGCGUGAUGGCCAAUCGGCUGAGCGAGAUAUCCUCGGCGAGCGUUCUGCUCCUGGAGGCCGGUGAUCAGGAGACCUUCAUCAGCGACGUCCCGCUGACAGCGGCUCUCACCCAAAUGACUCGAUACAAUUGGGGCUACAAGGCGGAGCCCACGGAGCACGCCUGUCAAGGAUUAAAAGGAGGCGUUUGCAACUGGCCCAAGGGGCGUGGCGUGGGUGGCACCAGUCUGAUCAACUUUAUGUUAUAUACACGUGGUCAUCGGAGGGACUAUGAUGAGUGGGCGGCGGCCAACAACUCCGGUUGGUCCUACGACGAAUUGCUGCCCUACUUUCGAAAAUCGGAGAGGAUUGGGAUCCCGGAGCUGUACAAAUCCCCCUAUCAUGGACGCAAUGGCCAGUUGGAUGUGCAGUACACGGACUAUAGGUCACAACUGCUGAAAGCUUUUCUGAAAUCGGGCAGGGAAAUGGGUUACGAAAUUACGGAUCCAAAUGGAGAGCACCUCAUGGGAUUUGCAAGGUCGCAGGCCACCAUCCGGAAUGGCAGGCGGUGCAGUACGAGCAAGGCUUUUAUACAGCCAGUUGUGCAUCGAAAGAACCUCCAUAUCUCCAUGAAAAGUUGGGUCACGCGACUGAUUAUCGAUCCGAUCACUAAAACCGCCACUGGAGUGGAGUUCGUGAAGCAACGCCAGCGUUACAUUGUGCGGGCCAGAAAAGAGGUGAUCCUCUCGGCUGGCACCAUUGCCAGUCCCCAGGUCCUUAUGUUAUCGGGAAUCGGUCCAGCGGAGCAUCUUAGGGAGCACAAUAUAACAGUAAUGCAGGAUCUGCCAGUGGGUUACAACUUACAGGAUCACAUAACACUCAAUGGUCUUGUGUUUGUGGUCAAUGAUUCGACGGUUAACGAUGCUCGACUGCUGAAUCCCACGGACAUAUUCAGGUACAUCUUUGCAGGACAGGGACCAUAUACCAUUCCAGGUGGAGCUGAGGCUUUCGCUUUUGUGCGGACUCCCAGUUCCAAAUUUGCGAAGGACUAUCCGGAUAUGGAACUUGUCCUAGGAGCCGGAUCCUUGAGUGGAGAUAGACUUGGCACCAUGCGAAAUUUGCUGGGCAUCACCGACGAGUUCUACGACUACAUGUUUGCAGAUCUGCAGAACAAGGAGACCUUCGGCCUGGUGCCAGUGCUCCUGCGUCCCAAAAGUCGGGGCAGAAUAUCGCUGCGUAGUCGCAAUCCCUUCCACUGGCCCCGAAUGGAGCCCAAUUUCAUGCAGCAUCCCGAUGAUGUGAGGGCCAUGAUCGAGGGAAUCGAAAUGAUUCUCAAGCUUUCUAGAUCGAAGCCCAUGGUGAAGAUGGGUACACGUUUCCAUGACCGCCCAUUUCCGGGCUGUGGACACCUGAAACCCGCCAGCGAGGAGUACUGGAAGUGCUGCUUAAGAAGAUAUGGUUCCAGCUUGCAGCAUCAAUCUGGCACCUGCAAAAUGGGUCCUGCAACGGAUAAUACUUCAGUGGUGGAUGCCCAACUGCGGCUCCACGGCAUCGGUGGAUUGCGGGUUGUGGAUGCUUCUGUGCUACCCAAUGUACCAGCUGGUCACACCAAUGCCAUUGUGAUCAUGGUCGCCGAAAAGGCGGCGGAUAUGAUCAAGGAUGCUUGGCGCAUGCCCAUCACUCCCUUGAGCUCAUAAGUGUACCAUUAAGAUUGUUAUUUAUUAUUUAGUUGUCGCACAAGCCAUUAGGUUAAGUUCUCAUGUGAUAGCUUAUAAUGCAGCUAAGGCGUUCCUUAUUGUCUCAAUGGGUUAUCUUUUAAACAAUUAAUUAAGCGAAGAAGUUAAAAAAUAAGAUUCUUCUUUAAAAUAAAUUUAAUUU